AUGUUAGCAACAACAGCACCAAACUCGUUAGUCAUGAACCCAACUUCAAUGUUAGUAGAGAUGAAAAGCUUCAUUCCUUCUUCAUAUACUUUCGAAACAGAAAUCCAGAAGAUAAAGCAAGAACUUUUAACAAGUAAUUUAGAUUGCACUGCGAAAGAUGAAACAAAUGAACAGUAUCUUUAUGAAAUGCAGGACAUUAUUGACCAUUUACCUAAACUUCCUGAAAUACAACAACAAAAGCUUACUAUUCCAGAAUUCGAUGAAAUUGAAGUCAGACCAACCGACUCAGUUGAAAUAAAGAAGUUCAUACGUAAGGCUAACUAUGAGUUUCUUGGAUUUCAUUGCAACCACAAAGUCAUGGACAAAGAUUGCGACAUGGUAUAUAAGAACAUCUCUGACAUAUAUAAAUCUGAAGAAUUUAAGACCUACGACAACUUUGUUUCGUUAGUUGCAAAAUGUGUAUGGCAGAUAAGAGAUAAAGAUAAAAGAGGUAAAGUAUGGAACGAACAGAUAAAACCAGCAACUUUUGAAUUUAAGAAAACCAUUGACGCUAUAGUCAUACUAGCAGGUAAG